CCCCCCCAACAGCCAAAAUGGUGAAGCAGAUCGAGAGCAAGGAUGCUUUUCAGGAAGCCUUGGACGCUGCAGGAGAAAAACUUGUAGUAGUUGACUUCUCAGCCACGUGGUGUGGGCCUUGCAAAAUGAUCAAGCCUUUCUUUCAUUCCCUCUCUGAAAAGUAUUCCAACGUGGUGUUCCUUGAAGUAGAUGUGGAUGACUGUCAGGAUGUCGCUUCUGAGUGUGAAGUCAAGUGCAUGCCAACCUUCCAGUUUUUUAAAAAGGGACAAAAGGUGGGUGAAUUUUCUGGAGCUAAUAAGGAAAAGCUUGAAGCCACCAUUAAUGAAUUAAUCUGAUCAUGUUUUCUGAAAACAUAGCCGACCAUCGGCUGUUUAAAACUUGUAAUUUUUUUAUUCACAUGAAGUAUGGAGAUUAUAUCCACGUGUUGUCUGAUUAUAAGUGACAAUAAAAUAUUAAUUCUACUCUUUUUAAAACUGGUGUCUGAGUAGCUUUCAGAAUAAAUGAGAAAUGGCCA